UUGAAAGAGCUAUACCGGAAAAGUAAACAACGGCGCUGUAGGCUGGACUCGGGUGGCUUGACAUUUGGUCGGUCGGUUUACCUCAUUGCUUUCUUUAUUCCCCCCUCUUCUCCCUUUCUUUCAAUAAGCUUUAGCCAUAUGUGUGUAUUUAUUUAUUUAUUGAUGCUUAUUUAAAAGUGUAUAGAUUUUCCUUUUAGCUGUUCAUCCAAUGAGAAGACGUAAAAGAUGGAGCUACAUAUACUAGAACACAGCUUGAAAGUGGCGAGUAUAGAGAAGGAGGGUAUCCAGAUAUGCACUCAUGGAUUAAUAAAACUCGCCUUCUUGGCUUCUAAAACUAGGUGUAAAUUCUUCAGUUUGACCGAGACCCCUGGAUACACCAUCAUCGUGGACGAGGAAGGUUUCAAAGAGCUGCCCGAGUCGGAGCACAUCAGUGUGGCCGAGGCCACGUGGUUGGCCCUCAACGUGGUGUCGGGGGGCGGGAACGCGGCCAACUCUCAGCCAAUAGGCGUCACCAAAAUCGCCAAGUCGGUGAUCGCGCCGCUGGCCGACCACAACAUCUCCGUGUUCAUGCUGUCGACGUAUCAGACGGACUUCAUCCUGGUUCGAGAACGAGACCUGCCCAUGGUCAUGCACACGCUGUCCUCCGAGUUCACCCUGCUGCGGGUGGUCAACGGGGAGACGGUGGCUGCCAACAGCCUGGGCGUUACCAACGGCUUCGUCAAGCCCAAGCUUGUGCCCCGCCCGGUCAUCCACCCUCUCUCCAGCCCCAGCAACAUGUUCUGUGUGACCAGCCUGGACCCUGACACCCUGCCCUCCGUGGCCACCCUCCUCAUGGACGUCAUGUUCUACUCCGGAGGGCCGAAGGAGGCGGGAGGAGGUGCUGGCGAGGACUCCAGCUACAUCCGCUUCUUCUCCUUCUCCCUCAUCGAGGGGUACAUCUCUCUGGUCAUGGACGAGCAGACGGCCCAGAGAUUCCCCAACAACGUCCUCUUCACCAGUGCGUCCGGGGAGCUUUGGAAAAUGGUCCGCAUCGGCGGUCAGCCUUUGGGAUUUGAUGAGUGCGGUAUCGUGGCCCAGAUCUCAGAACCACUGGCCACCGCUGACAUUCCAGCCUAUUACAUCAGCACCUUCAAGUUUGACCACGCCCUGGUGCCUGAGGAGAACAUCCAGAGUGUGAUUGGAGCUCUCAGGACCAAUGGGAGUGCGGGACAGUGAUGGUGGAAGACGAGGUCGACUCAAGUGUUAUUGCAGACCCCCCCACCCCCCCCCCAUCUCCACUCCCCCUCUCCUGCAGAGUCUUCACUCCCGCCUUGAAGCUUUUAUCAUUGUCCAAAAGAAAAACAAAAUCAAGUGCCAAGGGCUUUAUCGGCGAUUGGAACGUAUGGUAUGU